GAGGUGGGGCGAAAGAGGCCCGACACAGUCCGGUCACAUGACACGUCAUGUGACACGAUCCCGGAAGUCCGCGGCAACGUUUCGGGUACUGGUGGGCUUGGAGCCGUGGCGGCAUGUUCUCGGCGGGCGCGGAAAGUCUGCUGCACCAGGCCAGGGAGAUCCAGGAUGAGGAGUUACGGCGUUUCGGCUCCCGGGUCACUAAGCUGCUGCAGGAAGCCCCAGGGCCAGCCACCACGGAUGCCCUACAGAGACUCUUCCUCAUCGUCUCAGCCACCAAGUACCCCCGUAGGCUGGAGAAGAUGUGUGUGGACCUGUUACAGACUACUCUCUGCUUGCCUACCAGCCCUGAGCAGCUCCAGGUUCUCUGCGCUGCUAUCUUGAGAGAGAUGUCACCUUUUAACGACCUGGCCCUGUCCUGUGAUCACACCCCAAACACCCGGCAGCUUAGCCUUGUGGCCUCUGUGCUCUUGGCCCAGGGAGACAGAAAAGGAGAGAUCAGACGUGUGAGCCAGCGCAUCUUCAAGAUCCUCGAGAACCGGCAGCCUGAGGGGCCCAGUGUCAGGCCCCUCCUCCCCAUCCUGUCCAAGGUCAUCGGCCUUGCCCCGGGCAUCCUCAUGGAAGACCAGACCAACCUGCUCAGCAAAAGGCUGGUGGACUGGCUCCGCUACGCCAGCAUCCAGCAGGGGCUUCCGUACUCAGGGGGCUUCUUCUCCACACCCAGGACCCGGCAGCCUGGUCCCAUCACUGAGGUGGAUGGAGCAGUGGCUGCUGACUUCUUCACGGUACUCUCCACGGGCCAGCACUUCACAGAGGACCAGUGGGUGAACAUGCAGGCUUUCUCCAUGCUGAGGAAAUGGCUGCUGCACAGUGGCCCCGAGGACCCCGGCAGUCCUGAUGCAGAUGACAAGUCAGAGCUUGAGGGCUCCACCCUGUCUGUGCUGUCUGCGGCCUCCACUGCCAGCCGACUGCUGCCCCCUCGGGAGCGGCUGAGGGAGGUGGCCUUUGAGUACUGCCAGCGUCUGUUGGAGCAGAGUAACCGGAGAGCGCUGAGGAAGGGGGACUCGGACCUACAGAAAGCUUGCCUGGUGGAAGCUGUGUCGGUGUUGGAUGUGCUGUGCCGGCAGGACCCCUCAUUCCUCUAUCGCACCCUCUCCUGCCUGAAGGCCCUGCACAGGAGGCUGGGCGAGGACCCUGGCAGUGAGCGGGCACUGGUGCCUCUUGCCCAGUUCUUCCUGAACCAUGGGGAAGCGGCCGCCAUGGAUGCAGAAGCCGUCUACGGGCAGCUGCUCCGAGGUCUCCCUUCUGAACGCUUCCACAGCCCGACCCUGGCCUUUGAGGUCAUACACUUCUGCACACACAACCUGGCUCUCUUCGACCCCCACUUUCUCAGCCUUCUCAGGCUAAGCUUCCCAAGUCUGUUCAAGUUCCUAGCUUGGAACAGCCCUCCUCUCACCGCGGAGUUUGUGGCCCUCCUCCCAGCUCUCGUGGAUGCUGGCACCGCCGUGGAGAUGCUGCAUGCGCUGCUUGACCUUCCCUGUCUGACUGCCGCCCUGGACCUUCAGCUCAGGUCCACACAGACUCCGUCGGAAAGGCUGCUUUGGGAUGUCUCCCUCAGGAUCCCCAGCUGCCUGGAGGCCUUCCAGGACCCACAGUUCCAAGGACUCUUCCGGCACCUGCUUCGUACCAAGGCCAGCGGUUCCACAGAGAGGCUGACGCCACUUCACCAGGUGCUGAAGCCCAUGGCCAGCUGUGCCCGGGUAACCCAGUGUGCAGAGGCAGUGCCCGUCCUGCUUCAGGCCUUCUUCUCAGCUGUGACCCAGACUGCCGAUGGGGCCCUAAUCAACCAGCUGGCACUGCUGCUCCUGGAGAGAAGUGACUCCCUCUACCCAGUCCCUCAGUAUGAGGCCCGUGUGCACGGGGUGCUGAGCUCCCAGCUCCUGGUGCUGUGUAAGCUGAAGCCAUCGCUGGUGGUGGAGCUGUCACGAGAGCUCCUGGAGUUCGUGGGGAGUGUGAGCAGCAUCCACAGCAGAGCCAGUGUGUUCACUUGUGUGGUGUGGGCCAUUGGUGAGUACCUGUCGGUGACUUGCGACAAGAGGUGCACAGCGGAACAGAUCAACAAGUUCUUUGAAGCCCUGGAAGCCCUGCUGUUUGAAGUCACCCAGUCCCGCCCCUUAGCCGACUUGCCCUGCUGUCCUCCAGAGGUGGUCACUGCACUCAUGACCACGCUGACCAAACUAGCCUCCCGGAGCCAAGACCUGAUCCCAAGGGUGUCACUGUUCCUGUCAAAAAUGCGAACCCUGGCCCAGAACUCAGCCACCAGCUCUGUGCACAGUGAAGAGGGUGCAGAAUCCAUCCGAACCCGGGCCUCAGAGCUGCUAACCCUACUGAAGAUGCCCAGUGUGGCCCAGUUUGUGUUCACACCUCCCGCAGGUGUGUGCCAGCCCCGCUACCACCGGGACACCAACGUGGCCCUGCCUCUGGCUCUGCGCACAGUCAGCCGGCUGGUGGAGAAGGAGGCUGGCCUUCUGCCAGGUUGAAGGGACAGUCACCACCUGAACAGUAGCUACAGCUUGAGAGCCUGGGCAGUCAGCAGUAUUGGAGCUGAGCUGCAGGCGUGGGUGACUCGUGAGGCGUGGUGGACAUGGCUGUCAGGAUGGGAUCACCAGCCCCUGGGGAUGAGUCAUCUCCUUGUCUCUGUGGCUGGCCAGUCAGCCUGGAGCAGCCGGUAGGUGACUGAGUGUUACUUCCUAGGCAGAGCAGAAAUGGCCUGGUCUGCUUGCUGCUGUUACUCAUUUCUGGACUUGGGGGCAGGGAGCAGUGCAGGAAAAAUAAACUAAAGAAUUAUUUAUGCUGA